UAAUAUAAAAAUAUAAUUCAAUCAUUUAUGACAUGUGACAUCCGGUUCAUGUCACGACUUUGAAUUGCAGAACCAAUUUGGCGCCGGCAAUCGGCUGUUCCGACCGCAAAAACCUCCGUUUUCUAGUAUUCAUGGCGGCAUCUCAGGCAAGAAACGCUGGGCUGCCGAUAAUCAAUUUUCUCCGGUUGAAAGGAGUGUCCAUUUUGCAGCAAUUGCAUUUGGAAGAGAGGCUGCUGCGGACUUCGUCUGAAAACUGGUGCAUCAUCAACGACGAAACAACCCGCCCCACCAUCGUCAUGGGUGUUUCAGGGAAACCUAAGGAACUUCUUGAAACUGAUGCUGUUCUAAGAGAUGAAAUUCCAGUCAUCCGAAGGUUUACAGGAGGUGGUACUGUUAUUGUUGAUCAGGGUACUAUUUUCGUAUCGUUUAUAUGCAACAAGGAUGCUAUUCCAGGUUUACAAUCGUAUCCUCGACCUAUCAUGUCAUGGAGCAGCCUAAUAUAUAAGAACAUGUUUCAAGGAAUCGGGGAGUUUGGCCUUCGAGAGAAUGAUUACGUGCUUGGCAACCGCAAGUUUGGUGGAAAUGCUCAGUCUAUUACCAAAAAUAGGUGGGUUCACCAUACUUCCUUUUUAUGGGAUUAUGAGGUCGGUAACAUGGGUUAUCUGAAAAUGCCAACACGAGUUCCUGAAUAUCGACAGGAACCAUGUGGAGUUUAUAUGCCGCUUGAAGGAGUUCAUGUCAAGGUCAGAUUUCAUUAAUGGAACCACGGAUGCAGUUGCCGCCUAUUUUGCAUUGAGAUCACCCGAUGCAGACGAUAUCCAGAAUCAUUCCUCUCAAUUUGAGCCGUCCAGUAAGCUAUUAACUCGACAGGAACUCGGAGAUGAAGCCUCUAUUGACCUCGUAGGUACCGUCUCUCAGGCGUUGUGAUAUAAAGCACUGGGGGAUGAGGUGAGGCUCAAUCUUUUCACUGAAUGUGUCUUAAAUAUAAUUUCUAUGGAUUUUAACCUUUUUUUUAAGUUGGGGGAUAGAGGGAUUGAGAUUAGUAGUAUGAUCAUCCACCCUCUUAUAAAGAGGGAAAAUACCAUUGAGAUACAAUGCUAAGGUGUAUGAAUUUUAACCCUUGAAUGGUAUCACACUAGAUUCCUUUAUUGUGUUGUGGCACUUCAUUUUGGAUUUGCUUUUGCUUCUAGAUAGUUUAGAAGGCCCACACAAACACAAUUUCAUGUCCCAAAACUUGGCUGAGACAAUUCCAAGAAUUUUUAUUAGUGUGUUUUGUUGAAUUUGAAAAUUUCUUGAGAUA